AUGCCCAGCCGUGCAAUGAAGAGGGUGAAGAAAGCCAUGAAGAAGGAAGCGGCGCCUCGGCAGGCUUGUACACUUGAAGGUGGCCUAUGGAUUGCUUGGUGUGAUCACUUGCUCCGCGAGUCAUCUACAUGGCUCUAUGUCCUGACAAUCUUGUGCCACAUGUUCUGCCUGAGAGUGACAGAGGGCCUCCGGCUGAAAGCAAGCGAUUUCAGCUGGGAAACUCGAUCAGUGAGGGUGGGAUCACUGAAGCGCGCGCCAGAAGUGCACAAGAAGAUUACGUCGGCCUACCUUCCUCUAUUACGACGUCUCCGCAAAGAAGGGAAAGGUCGUAGGAGGAGCAAACCCUGGGGAGCCUUGGGAAAGAGGAACUUCACAGACAAAUGGGAAUGGCCUAAUGGCGAGGAGUACCUAUUUCCAAAUCGCACAGGGACAAGCUACACCAAGAAAGCCAAUGUCCGAAAAUCCUUCAAGCCCCCCGCUGGAUGUUCCUUGGGAGAUGACGUUAGGCAGGUAAGGUCACACAGUGCAAGGCACCGAAAGAUUAACGACAUGAAAGCCAGCAGCGCUUCACCAGAAGAAGGCAUGACAUUUGCCCGAAUCAAACGCAAAAAAACAUACGACCGGUAUGGCAAGAUUAGCCAGCAUCAAGCUGGCGAGGCAUUGCAAAGGAACAAAAAGCUUCAGAAGGCACUCAAGAGUUUGUAUGCCAAAGCAUGA